AAAUAUACUACCCACAGAUCAUAAGAGGUACAGAUGUGAGGACCCAGUGUGAUAGCACCUCAAGACUUGCUUCCGGAGCUGUAUACCAGGACAUGAUGGGGAUGCUACUGGGCCAGAACCUUCCUCGCCGGCUGCCCACCACUUCCUCUAGCCGAAUCCUGGUGGGCACCUGGCUCAUGUUCGCUCUUGUCAUAGGAUUGGCCUACCGCGGCAAUCUGACUGCCUCCCUCACCCUACCCAAGUACCCUCCACGCCCUGAAACUCUCUCUCAGCUCGUGGACACCGUGGACAGAAUAACGAUGCAGCCUUAUGGCGUCGAGUUUAGGAACUUCUUCGCCAAGUCGGACUCACCAGUGUUCCAGAAGCUGGCUCGUCUUAUAGCCUUCGUGCCUACAAUUGAAAUUGGUCAAAACGAAGCUGUUGAGAAAAACCAAGCCCACCUGGAGAACAAACGGUACCAACAGCUAAGGAUUGCUGAGCGGUUCACUAAGGCAGAUGGCAGUGAGCUGCUGUAUAUAGGACGGGAAAGCAUCAUGCCAGGUCAAGCAGCCUGGCCAUUACCCCAUGAUGCCCCUUAUAGGCCACUCAUUGACCGUCACCUCAUGGCCAUCGUUGAGGGUGGACUGUAUGAAAAAUGGAGUGAAGAUUUGUUGCUUGAGGUCCAGAUGAAGAGUCGCAGGAAGCAGAAGCAAUUACAAGAGGACAAUAAAACAGUGCAGAAGAAUGAGAACACAGUGACAGCCCUGACCAUCACUCACACUCAGGGAGCCUUUAUGCUCCUUCAUCUGGGCCAGGCAAUAGCAGCCUUACUCCUGGCAGCUGAACUACUCACGUGGAGGACCACGACAAAAAUACAAUAACCAAGUCAAUAUAAUGGUAGAUGUUUCAGUAUUAUUAUUAUUUUUUUUUUUUUUCAUAUGUCAGCCUAGGGUUUACUCAGGCACUCACAAUGGUGUUCUCUAAAGGAGACAGAAGAGGGCUACAAGAGAUAGUCAGUUUACAUUUUGAAAUCUCUUGAUACUCUUCUUUUAAAACAGGCAUAGCUAGAAGGAAAACAAGUGGAGGAAGUUCCAGAGUUUACCAAUAGAAAACACAAAAGAGUAAAGGCACUAGUUAACUCUUGCAUGAAGAUUAUAAUACAGAUAAAAAUCAAAGUCUUGGGCAGCAAGGAGGGGCAGGGGAGCAUACUGUUAGCAAGUGCAACAGAACAGCAAUGGCAAAGAUUUCACCAAAAUUCUGAAAACAGGUUGACCAAGAUUCAAUAAGGAAAACUUGAAGAUUACACUAUAUAACAAAUUUCAACAUAUUUUUUUUUUUUUACAGACACGUUAAAUAAUGAUUCCUACUAAAUUAAUGAUGUUGAUUUCAGAUCUGAUAUAGAAAUUUCUCUAUCACAUCCAGAUUUUCUGUUACCAUUUUCAUUUUUUUUUUCAUCCUCUUAUUACAAAAGCAGUCUAAGCAAUUUUUUCCAUGUAAAUUUUAUUUAGGCAUACUUAAAUAAAUAAUUAUGUUAACA